AUGUCGUUGUACAUGAUCCUUUCUGUAAUAGUGCCACUGGCUGUCACUCUGACGGUAACAAUGGCAUUCCCUGAUGGGGCUCCCUCGGAUACGUGCGUAAAGAAGCGGCCCAACCAACCAAACCACGGACAGGCCAGAUCUCAACCGCUUGACAGCAACCCAUACAAUGUGGUAGCCGACUCGGAGACAUAUCACCCUGGUCAGGAGGUUACAGUGGUAAUAUAUCCCCAUACGAAGCAAGAGCUGUUUCGGGGAUUCUUCAUACAGGCGAGAGAUGCGGACUCGAAUGAAUGGAUUGGGGAAUGGCUACACAGUGAGAACACAAACACAAUACCGGAAUGUUCCGCAAUAACACACGGAGAUAAUCGCGAUAAACUUGCUGCCAAACUCAUUUGGAAAGCUCCACAGAAUAAACGAGGUCGUGUCUACUUCACGGGUACAGUCUUGCAAAGUUAUGGUACAUUCUGGAGUGACAUUAUCGGAAAAGUGCAACGACAUCAGUGA